CUUUUCAAAUGCGUAAUAGGUCGCCAUCUUGAAUGACGAACUCGGUGACGUCGUUGUAGUUACACGUCAAUCGUGCACAUAUUUCUUUUAACCACGGUUAUAACAAGUUUAAAAUAUAAGAAAACUUACCUAGUGUGUUGUUUAAUUAAUUAAAUCUUUACAAAUCCCACCAAAAUGCUGUAUUUAGAAGAUUAUUUGGAAAUGAUCGAACAUCUUCCUCAAGAAUUGAGAGAUCGAUUUACAGAAAUGCGUGAAAUGGAUUUAUCCGUGCAAAACAAUAUGGAUACUCUGGAAAAACGGGUUCGGACUUUAUUUGGUGGUUGUCGCAGAGGAGAGGUAGACACCGAACAGGCCAACACAGAGUUCUCUGAUAUAAAGCGAGGUUACAACAAGACUCUUGAAGAAGCUGAUGAAAAAGUUACAUUAGCUAACCAGAUGUCAGAACUAGUGGACCGCUAUUUAAGACGACUAGACACAGAACUGCAUAAAUUCAAGUGCGAGCUGGAGGCGGACAACAAAGGGAUCACAGAACUGUUGGAGAAGAGGUCACUGGAGCUUGACGUCAACACCAACCACACCAGCACAUCCAACAACAACCAUUACAAGGAUAGCAGGUACCGGUUCCGCGAGAAGCGCCGCGAAAGCUGGGGCUCGCGCGAGUCGCGCGCCGUGGCGGCCGGCAACAGCCUGUCCCGGACCGACACCGCUAUACAAAAUGCAUUGGGUCGCGAUUCGUAUUCCUUGGGUCAAGCCACAAACGCUAUAGCUGCAGCGGCUAGCCAGGCUAUCGCGGCCACGCAACAGAUGCAGCAAGGGCGGCGCACGGCGGCCAUGAAGAGCACGUACGAGGCGGUGGCCGGCGAGCUGCACGCGCACGCCGCGCACGCGCUGCACGACCACCACUCGCUGCACGCCGGUCACAGCGCGGCGCACGCGCACGCCAGCGCCGGCGCCAGCGCUUCCAACAAACGACACAAGCAAAAGAAAAGCUACAGUACAAUGGCGCCCUUGUCCGCGUCCGCGGCGCACGCGCAGCACACGCUCGCGCCCGCCGCCAGCCGCUCCUCCUCGCCCACACAAGUAAUGAACAAUGUUGUGAACAACGUAGCGAUCGAGGAGCCUAUGGAGGAGGAAUGGACCUACGACCCCAACGAGCCGCGCUACUGCAUCUGCAACCAGGUCUCCUACGGGGACAUGGUUGCCUGCGAUAAUCAAGACUGUCCGUAUGAAUGGUUCCACUACCCAUGUGUGGGCAUCACGGCUCCGCCCAAGGGCAAGUGGUACUGCCCGCAAUGCCAAACCAAUAUGCGACGCAACAGAGCACACCGCAAGAACUAAAUAAACAUUAUACACAUAUUCCGUGCUUUGAUCGUAUUCGUGUCUGUAAUCAUGGUUACAUCCAAUAAAACUUCACUAUAAUUU